CAGGCUGUCUUUCUUACCCCCAGGGCGCCCUAAAGCCCAAUCUAGCCGCCCGGGGGCUCUCGGCCUCCGGGGUUGCUGCAGGCACCUCCCAGAUCCCAGAGGUACCUAAGACCUUAUCAAGCCUCACUGCAGGUAUUCAGAAAAGCACUUCGGUACGGAACAGGAGGUCUACUAGUAGUUGUACCAAGGUAGAUCACCCAGUACCAGGGAUUGCGACCGUGAUGCAAAGCCUAAAAUUAAGGCAGGAAUAUCAUCGGCAAGACUAUAACACCCCUGCAACGCAGCACAACCUUCAAUCAAUGUUCAAGGGCUGGUUUACACUAGAUUCCAGGUACUAGGAGUUGUAGACGUGGCAUACGUCUAUGACCUUGUUCAUAAGAUCCAAGCUGUUCAUAAGUAUGCCACCCGCUGCUUCUAGUUGCCUUCUUCUGGUGAACAAUCCAGCUGGAAAUGGAAGAACCGAUGCACUGCACACUACCACUGCCAGCGUGGUGUUGAUGUGACGUAAUCCAUGCCUGCCACUGAGCGGCUUCUUUCCACACUUUCGAGAUGCUGAUUCUACACAAUUGACAGUGGCCGUGGAAUACGCAAAGACGGAAUCUUUACCAGAGCCGGCGCUGGGGACAUUGGCCUGCAGUGGAGAGCAAAGUUGAUAUCGCAAUAGAGCGCCUCCCCUGACGGCAUGUUUCGUUGACGGCACGACUCUUCCAUAAGGACUACGCCUAGUCUUGCCCUGCGUCUCGAAUUCUCAACAUGUCUUUCAUUGACGAUGAUCUUCGCAGGGUUGACGCUGCACUGGACAAAUUCCAACUUAGGGAUGCGGAAGAGCGAGCUGCCAGUUUUGCCGCGAGUGAACAACAAGUAACCGCCGAAGAUGAUCCACGAAGUGCUCAGCUCAAGGUCGUCAUCCGAGCCCUCUCUACCACCUCGAGAAGCAAGCCACUUCUGCGCCGCUCAAAAGUGCGAAACCUAUUGUCUCAGAUCGUAAACAAGGGCGAGGCGCAGGUAACAGCAGAGACAGCUACUGCUGAUAUCUCGAACCUGGAAUGGGUGGCUACCGGGAAAGCAACGGUUCAAGUGUACGGACAGAUACUGAACUCUCUUCUAGACCGAACCAUUCCGCUGAGCGAGUCGAUUUGGUACUGGGAUGAUUUACUGGGGUCAUAUUUCAAUAUUGCGCUUUACACCGUGCAGACAUCCCCUCUCAGGUUCUGGAAACAGGCAAGAGAGGUCUAUGCUGACGCCCGACAAAGGUUCAGGGAGGGCGCGGGGCUCACCGCUUCUGCGCAGCAAGCCACGACCACGGUCACUGAGAGCUGGAAGGAAUUUUAUGGCCUGGUCCAAAAGAGUAUACAAGAGCGCUCCCUGGCCCAGGCUCAAACUAAAAUCCUAUCUCCUUUCUCGAUAGCCCGGAUGGAAGCCCGUCGCAACUUGAGCCACAUCCGAGAGUUGAAAAAGUCGAGUUCUGUCUUGAUUGGCCGACUUGUGCGUGAAUGUCUCGUGUUCGACGGACCGCCAGAUGAGCGCAAGAUAGGCGCGUUGCCGCAAAUGGUGGGUCAACAGGAGGAAGACUGGCAGACCACCAUUGCAAGAACAAUCUGUCUACUUGACACCGUCACGAGAACCAACCAUGACGAAGAGGACUAUUUGCCUGACCCCGCCACAGCUUCUUCGGCAGAGAUGGCAGCUAUGCUGGUUAAGAUCCUGGAUGAAAACCUCCCAAAACAUGAGCAAAGUGCGAACGCCAUCAAGUCCAAAUACGGCAAACCACCAAGGCUCGUACGCUAUUGGAUACCUACGCUCGCGCUAUUAUUGUCCGGCAGCACGCUUCUACGGGUUGUUGCGAAUCGGCGCGCGGAGAUAAUACAAUGGUUCAGGGAAUUUGGUCAGACAACCAUAGACUUCUGGACCAACUGGGUCGUGGAGCCGACCAAGAAGCUGAUCGGCACAAUCCGACAUGACGAGACAAGCGAAAUAGCAAUACAAAGCCGGGAAAGUCUGAACGCCGACCGGGAGAGUCUCGAGCGCAUGGUCGUCGACUUUGCCCUGCAGCACCCGGAGAACGGCAGUCAGUUGACCGAAACCCAAGUGGCCGAAUUGAGGACCAAAGUCCGAGAAGGCGAUCUCACUCCAGUCCUAAAAGCGUAUGAACGAGAGAUGCAGAGUCCCAUCAAGAAUGCCAUCAUGGGUGAUUUGGUGCGCACGUUGCUCAUCCAAGUUCAGAAAACAAAGGUCGAUGUUGAAGUUGCCAUUGGCGGCAUUGAUUCUCUCCUCAAGAGUCAGGAACUGCUCUUCGGCUUUGUGGGCAUUGCUCCUGGAGUUCUAAUCUCGUUUGGCAUAAUUCAGUGGCUAAGAGCUACUUUCGGAGGCCGUAAGGGCUUGCGACAAGGCCAGAAGAAGGGCGAGGCUAUCCGAUUGAUCAGAAACAUUGAUAGGACUCUGACCAGUGCUGAGUUGGACGACGACGGGAUCAUUUCCGAGGAGCACCAUGGUCUUCUCCUUUGCGAAGCUCACCUUUUACGCCAGAGAGCAACGGCAGUCCUGCCCAGAAAUAUCCAGAGGGAGUUCCUCGAAGACCUAGAGGACUUGCUGGACAUCAAGGCUGGUGUUCAUCGCCAGAUCAAUGUCUUGAGACGACUCGAAUGGGCAUACGCAAAGUGGUUGCGAUGACCUCUCUAAUCUACCGCCGCGGCAUGUACUGAGCUUAGGUAUAACUGCAUCCUCAACUCGAUACAACAAUGGCAGUAGCUGGGUUCUCCGUGGGCAUCUUAUACCUCCUGAUAUCCUCUACCUAGGCAUGUAUUGUUGUGCUCGAUCGAGACAAACUCGACAGAAGUACUGUACAACUCAGGGCGCUUGUUCUGGUAGUAGGUUACAUAGCACGAGGAAUGGAAAAGUAUCUCUCAGGUACAUUAUACUACAAUACCUACAGAGGUAUCUUGACAAGUUGUCGGCGAAUUGGAGUCUCUCGACCACAAGGGGCUUCAAUAUCGAUUAUGCAACUUCCAAGUUGUGUAUAUCAGGAGUACUCUAGUCGGUAUUUGAUCAUCCAUAUUGUAUGCCUGGACCCC